AUGCCUCUCAUUAACGAGUCCCAUGACUCUCUACCGUACAUUGAUGCGGAGCCUUCUGCUCAGGCCCGGGCAAAUGCAGAGAAGCUUAUUGCGACAGAGCUCCCUCCAGACCAUAUGUCUUCAACCCACCCUUCUAUUCCCGAUUUCCCCGAACCCAGAUUCUCUCCUCUCAUCCAGCAAGAAAUAGAGCGCAAGGCCGCCGGACUUCCUCUAACUGGGGGAAUCGACCUCGCGCGCUAUGAAGCUCCUGAGCCACCUACUCGCUCCUCCGAAUCUGUUCCUAACGUCGACGAAUGGCGCGAAACACUCCGCAAAGCCUACACCGCUAGUUCCCACCUAUCUACCAGACACGAAAACCUUUCGCUUUUAGAGGAAAACGGCAAAAAUGCCUGGCUUAUCGGAAAUUCACAACUAGAAGAUAUUCUCAGGUCUCUAGAGAAGGAAUUAGCUGAAACCAAGGAAGCAGCGGAGAGCGUGAACAAGCAAAGGAAAAUUGCCCAGGAGUCUAGCCAGGGAGAGAUGACCGGCCUGGAAGAGUCGUGGAGGCGUGGUGUGGGCGCGAUUCUGGAUGUGGAAUUGGCUGCUGAAGAUUUGCACAUGAAGAUUUUGGAGCAGAGACGCCAGUCUGCUCAGCAGCACACCCGGUAA